CAGGAGAAGCUAGUGUGUGAGCUUAGCGAGGCUAUGUGAAGGCUGCCUUGUGAGUUGCUGCUCAGAUCUCUACGAGCUCUUGUGGCAACUGGAUAAACAUUGGCAGUUGUCUACCACUCCUUCACGUUCCACUUGUUUCUUCAUAAUGUUUUGGCCCUCUAGAAGAGCGUGCAAGGUGUUUGGCGUGGCGGCCACAACUACAGCUGCCGUAGUUCUAGGUGUAAGGCUACACUAUAGAUCUCAGGCGGGCAGGUGCUCCUCCCAACGACAGCUCUUGGGACAAACUGUUGUAGUCACCGGAGCUUCCGCUGGCAUUGGGAAGGAGGCUGCACGAGACUUGGCCCAACGAGGCGCACGGGUUAUCCUCGCCUGCAGGAACAUAGAGAAGGCCCAAAAGGUUGCAGACGAUAUAAUAAAAACUACAGGUAACAGAAAAGUUGAAGUGCGUCAGUUGGACACUUCAGAUCUGUCAUCGGUCAGAAAAUUUGCUAAAAGCAUCUUGGCAACGGAGAAGUCUCUGCAUGUCCUGAUGAACAACGCAGGAACGCUGGGCAUGGUUGAGAAACGCACCACAGCAGAUGGUCUGGAGCUGACUAUGGCCACCAACUACUUUGGUCACUUCCUUCUCACCAACAUGGUCUUGGGCCUACUGAAAUCUAGUACUCCAAGCCGGAUCAUCAAUGUAUCGUCAAGCCAACACCUUGCGUGCAAGUCGUUUAAUCCGGAUGACCUUAACUACGACGUGAAAGCUUACCCUGGCUUUGAAGCCUCUUACGACGACAGCAAGCUCGCCAGCGUACUCUUCACUGUGGAACUUUCCCGCAAGCUGCGCGGCUCAGGUGUGAUCGCAAACAGCGUUCACCCGGGGAUUGUGUCCACGGAGAUCAUGCACAAGGAGGGAGGACCCUGGUUCUUGCGUUACAUCGCCGCUUGGCCCAUCUGGCUUAUGGGAAAAGAUGCGAAACUUGCUGCCGAGACGCUGAUUCACCUGGCAGUGUCAGAGGAGGUAGACGGUAUCAGCGGAAAGUACUUCGUUGACUGUAAGGAAAGUGAAACUAACAAUUUGGCCAAGGACCCUGAGCUGGCUAAAAAGUUGUGGGACGUCAGCGAGCAGCUGGUGAAGCUUAAACCAGAAGAGAAACACUACUAAUCGCCCUUCACUGCUUGGACCUGACUGCUCUACUAACCACCAUGGCACACAAUGUAAAAUUGGAACUGCAGAUAUUUUUUCUAAUACUUGUAUAAGGUAACUAUUGUAUAAUUUAUGGUCAGUGAUCGAUGCUGUUGAAUAAACAUUUUGAUAUU